AUGCCACCCAAAAAACAGACUCAAGAGGUCAAGAUCUUGUUGGGACGUCCUAAAGGUAAUCUAAAAAUGGGUUUAGUAGGACUUCCUAAUGUAGGCAAAUCUACAACUUUCAAUCUCCUAUGCAAGCAAGCUGUACCAGCAGAGAAUUUCCCUUUCUGUACAAUUGAACCUCAUGAAGCACGGAUGAAUGUACCUGAUGAACGUUUUCGUACUUUAUGCAGAUAUUUCAAGCCUAAGAGCGAAGUUCCAGCAACAUUGACAAUAUUUGAUAUUGCAGGUCUGGUACCAGGAGCUCACAAAGGUGAAGGAUUAGGAAAUGCAUUUCUAUCUAAUAUACAAGCAGUAGAUGGGAUCUAUCAUGUUGUUCGAGCAUUUGAGGGCGAUGAAAUUGUCCACACAGAAGGAGAAGUUAAUCCAGUUAAAGAUAUUGAAACUAUUAGUAAUGAAUUAAGAAUGAAAGAUUUAGAAAGAGUUGAAAAACUUAUUGUUGAAUUAGUUAGAAUUACUAAGGAUGGUACAGAUAGGACUAAGAAGGAACAGUGUAACUCUCUGCAGAUACUAAAGAACGUGUUAACAUAUCUAGAAGCAGGAAACUGGAUCAGCAAUAAGAGUGACUGGAAAUCUAAUGAAAUUGAAGUACUGAAUGAACACCAAUUCCUUACUGCUAAGCCUGUUGUAUAUCUUGUAAAUUUAUCAGAAAAGGACUAUAUCCGACAAAGGAAUAAAUUUUUACCUAAAAUAGCUGAAUGGGUUAAAAAUAAUAUUGAUGGUUGCAUCAUUCCAUAUAGUGCUGAAUUUGAGUCAAAACUUGUCGAGUUCACAACUGAUAAAGAGAAAACUCAAUAUAUCAAAGAUGUGGGAGCAUCUAAAAGUAUGAUAGAUAAAAUUAUUAAUACUGGUUACUCAGCUUUAAAUCUUCUACACUACUUUACUGCUGGUGAGGAUGAGGUGAAGUGUUGGACAAUUAGGAAUGGUACAAAGGCUCCUCAGGCUGCAGGAAUUAUUCAUUCAGAUUUUGAGAGAGGUUUUAUUUGUGCCGAGGUGUACAAAUAUAAUGACUUAAUUGAACUUGGUUCAGAAGCAGCCAUAAAGGCAGCUGGGAAAUAUAUGCAGAAAGGAAAAGAUUACAUAGUUGAGGAUGGAGACAUUAUAUUUUUUAAAUUUAAUGUAACAAACACAUCUAAGAAAUGA